UAGCGAAUUAGCACUUGUGUGUCAUGCUUUGGUAAUCUGCCGAGGGAAAAAAUAAUAAAAACUCUUAAGAAUUUCCUCAUGUCAUGUUGCGGAGUACGCAGCUCAAGGAAAAUGCUUUCAUUUGGUAUCCCAUAAAAAAUAGGCGUCAGCAUUGCUGGAAUUUGUCCAUUUGUACACUCUAGUUAAGAGAAUGCUCCAUUGUUUGGUUUCUGUUCUCAUCCACAUAACUUUGUUGGUUUCUUUGCAGCAUGAUUUGCAUUUUAAAUUGCGGUGAACCCUGAACUUUCUUCCUCAUCUCUCCUUGUCUCUUCUUGUUUUUAUACUUUGUUAUCUAUAGUAUUGUCAUUAAUGUGGUAUGUGCCUUUUCUAUACUUUAUUUGUACUUUAUAUUGUACUCUAUAUUGUCGUCAUUAAUGGCAAGUGCAAAGCGAAGAGAUUGAGGAUGCUGGGAUACUUUUUAGUACCUUUUUAGCUAAAGGGUUGAAAUUUAGUGUUCAGAUGUAAUGAUUAGUGGACUUCAUAAGGAGGCCUUGCUGGAUGAAGCUGAGGAGAUACUUGUGCCAAUGGACAACGAUGGGUGUCUACCAAAUGCAAUCAUUAACAAUAUUACUGUUCUAGCAUUGCAUAAAAGGGGUGUCAGACACAAGAUUAUGAUACUUGUACAAGAUAUGAUACUUCUACCAAUGCAGGAGUUUCUCACCCAAUGCAUGUACCAUGUCCAUUUUAUUAGACUUAGUGGCAGCUGAUGUUCAGGGUUGCAAAAUGUUUGAAACGAUUGAAAGCUUGUGCCAAUGGAUCAAAACAAGCUAUGAGCUGAAUUUUUAGAGAAGUGUUAUUGUGCCAAGACCUCUUCAAUUCAUAUGGUUCGUCUAUGUUCAGUUUUUCAUGUAGGAGGAGACAACGGAUGAUUCUGCCCCUGACACCAUAUGGUGUCAGAAGACAGAGGAAGCCAAAACGGAAUUUGCUAACUCCAGCGAAAUACAAGGGGUCAUCUGCUUUGAGGGCUCCAUGAUUUGAGGCGUGAAAAUUUGCCAUCCCCAUCAUUUUGAAGUAGUACAAUUGAAGAAGAAACCCCACCGUAAGUCAGAAUAACAAAAAGCUAGGUCAAAGCCCGAUUCUUUUGGUACUUGCUUCUCCGUGUCAUGGCUUCUCUUGGUUCAAAAGUUCCUAGUGAUCACUCUCUCUUUCUCUGAUCAUAACAUCUCUCUCUCUCUCUCUCUCUCUCUCUCUCUCUGAUCAUAACAUAAAGAUAGUUUCUUUGAUUGACAGUUUUAUGACUUUGAUUAUAUUCUUAUUUUGUGUGAUCUAAAACAGUUUUUUUGAUAGUGCGUCUAUACAAUUUUAUGGUUGAUGCAUGUACAUGUCUAAGUAGAUUGGGGGGCAUUUGAAGCUUUUCUGACUUCGCUCAUGUGCAUCGAGAAGUUAUGGGGUCAACAUCUAACAGACACAAGAUUUCUGAGGAAGUGAAACUGCUGAAGACAAAAUCACCAACUUACCCGAAAAUCUCCAGUCAUAUUCUAUCCUUUCUUCCUACGAAUUGUGCAGUUGCAACCAGCGUUUUAUUCACACAAUGGAGGUGGAUGUGGACAUCAAUUACUAAUCUACAUAUUGAAAUUCUUGAUGCAGAAGGACAUGGCAGUCGGCAAGAAAAGAGUUUCGUUAAGUUUGUAUACCAUGUGUUGCUUUCAUUAGAUGGGUCAAACGUGGAUGAGUUUUGUGUUACCUGUGAUGGAGUUUCUGAAUUCUUCGAGGCUUCACCUGUUAAAUCCUGGGUUACUACAGCACUUUCACGCAAUGUUCGACAACUUGAUACAUGCAUGCCUCUAUUGGUAGUGCUUGCCAGGCUCCCUGACCUUUUCACUUGCAAAACACUGGCGGUACCAAAAUUGGGUUCUUAUAUUUUAAUGCCAGCUGCAAGUUUAGUUCGUCUACAGAAUCUUGAAACACUCCAUCUCCAUUCAGUUGGUCUUGGGGAUGGAGAUUCAGCCGAUAGGCUCAUUUCUAGCUGCCCUGUCCUUGAGAAUUUAUCUUUAAUUGAAUGCAGAUGGAGAGAUUUUAGGCUGUUCAAGAUUCCGGCUCCUUUAAUGAAGAUGUUAGUGGCAUCAUAUUUAGAUCCAGCAUGUUAUGGGCGAAAUGAUGUUGUUUACCAUGUUAGUUCAGACACGUAUAAGAUCGAACUCAAUACCCCAAGUCUUCAGAGUUCAAUUUACCGUGUAGUCCUUACUUUUUUCUCGCUUGUAGACUUUUAGCUAUACUAUGACAAUAUCCAAGAUCCAGAUGAGGGCAAUCUCGACCUUCAUCAAUUUCUCGACCUCCCAACAUUCAUAAUUUAAGUUCGUUGGAGCUGGGUGCUAACAGUCAUGUUCGAUGGGUAUCAGUAUUUCCUAGAAAGCUCGAGAUGAGAUUGGUGAAGUACUCUUUGAGUAAUGCGAAAGUGUUGAAGAGGCUGACUGUGUCUGGUGAAAAGAGUAAAAUGAAGGGAGAUGUGUUUAAGUUUAGGAAGGAGGUUCAAGAAUAUGUGAGGUUAAACAAGGUUAUUUUUAAUUU